AUGGAUGCACUAUUACAAAAGGUCACGCAGCAGGCGAUGAGCUAUGCCAUCCGAAGCGGCAUAGCAAUCACAAGCCACUAUGCGCUCAAACAGUGCGGCCGACUGAUGAAGACUGUGGAUGGCCAGGAGAAGCAAGAGAUUGCGAGACUGCAACAGAAACUGGACUCUAAAAUCAAAAUCAUUUCACCCGCCAUCGACAUGAUCGAGCUAAUAGCGGCACGUGGGAACACCACAUUAGAGUCCGCCGUUACUCUGACCAAGUCGCUCCGAUGGGAAAUCCAGACGCUAGGCAGUCGUGUCGAGAAGGCCGUGACAGAAGAGCAGCUCGCUAAGAGAGGCAGCUCCAAAGCAAAGUCACAAGAGCAAAAUCGAGUCGAACUCAAGAUUAUCAUCGAAGAGAUGAAGAGGUUGUUGGACCGUAUUGAAGACUCUGUGCCUUUUAUCACUCUGGCUAUCAAUACCUCUGGGGUUAAUCUUUCGACUACGCUGCCGCCUACCGUAUCGCCAUCGAGGCUUCUGCAAGCCAGUACCUUUUUGACUUCUGGGGACAUGCAGUACUGUGCGACCAGACCUAGGGCUCAGCAAAUCGGACCAACCUUUACCUUGUCCAUGUACAUGUUGUUUGCCGGCCAUGCAAAUCGGCCACAUGAAGAAGACAUGCGAGAGACUACAUGGAAGGAGGUCAUGCACAAGGCACGUGUCACACUCAUGAGAGUGCCACUGGAUCAUGUAUACGACUACCCCACACCAUUUGGACAGGAUAGUCAUCGUGCUGAUGAGGCCAACCACGACCACAUUCCUUCCGACAAUUUGAUGCAAGAGUUUGCUUAUCAGCUUCUGAUUGUUGAAGAUCUAGAUGACGGCCGCAUGCACGAGUUUGAAGAAAGCGAGCCUCAACCGGGCCCGUACGAUGGUGUUGAGCAAGCGGGUGUGCGGGAAAUAAUACCUAUUCAUGAAGUCUCAAAGAUCUUCUAUGCUGACACGGGCAAAAUUCUCAACAUCGGUGCUGACGGUGAGAGCAACAAUCCCAUAUUAUUGCUGAAGCGAGACGUCCACGCUACACCGCCACGGCGCAUGAUGGAACAGGAUGCGGAACCGACAGGCUACGAGUCUGAUGACUCGCACACCAUCGGUGAAGACGAUAUAGAUCCUGAGCAGAGCGAACUGGAAGAACAGCUGCGACGAGAAUCAACACCAAACCUGGAGCGGUCUGUACUCGACACACCAACACCAGAACUAGAUCCAGAACCAGUGUAUUCACACCCAUGGCGCCUCCCCGCAACCCUCGAUCUAGAAUGGAUGGCCUUUGAAGUCUACACGGAAGACCCAACCAGCGACUCAGACCUCUCCGAAACCGAAGAAGACCUCGAACCCACCACCUUAUCCCCCUCCCCAACAACAACAACCUCCCCCAACCCGUCCCUCCUCACCCGCUUCUCCACCCUCAACCUCCGCCCCAGCACACCCACAACACCAUCCUCCCCUCAAACAACCCCCACCAACCAAAUCCAACCCACCCCGCACGCCCUCCACCACCCACCCGCCCCUGCAGCACCAACAACACUCCCCGCGAUAAAAACAUCCCUCUCUCUCCUCGAAAUGCUAAUCCGCCUAACCGCACUCCAACAAUUCCAACAAUCAAGCCACCUCGCCAUCAGCGACGAAUUCCUAAACUUCUUCCUCUCAGACUCCAGCAGCACGGUCGGUGCGGGCGGCGACGCCGAACUGAGGAGACGCGUACGCAGGGAGGCGCGCAUGCGUGUGGGGUUUGAUCCGUAUGAUGAGAGUCCGAUUAAGAGACGUGGGGAGCAGUAUUUGGAACAUGAGUUACACGAGUCUCACCACGACUCCCACUACGACGCCGGGGCCCGCGAGGGGGUUGGGAUUUAA